AUGCGAGAGAAACACCUACUCCAACUUCUCCUAUUAUUCCUUCUCUCUACUGAAGGAUCCACUCAACUAUCUUGUCAUCGAAUACCAACUUCCUUCUGUUGUACGACAAGAAUCAGAGAUCAAUGUCCGGAACAGUGUGCAACUGUUCAGUGUGGAACAGAGUUUAUACAUAAUUUAUUCUCGACUGACGGCUCACGUAAACCAGCCUCUGUCAGUGGUGCUCAUGAUGGAAAUGCGAAUAUUGGAGGCACUGGAAGUGGAGAUUCACAGAGAGGAUUCGGAGGCUCAAACUCUGGAGACGCUAGAGUUGGAGGAGCCUCUAGAUCUUCAUUCGAAACAAUAACUCCUCCGCCAGAAGUCUCUACUACAACACUACCAACCACGUCAUCUGGAUUCCCCACGCUAAUUCCAUUCUCAUCGGAAUCCUGGUCUACAAUAACCCAAGCUCCACUUGCUCCAAGUCUUGAAUCUAGACCAGAACUACCUCCAAUACCAAGUAGAAUCCCAUCUCCAACGGGACAGAACUCCGGUUGUUUCUUGUGUUUUCAAAGUCAUCGUCGUCGGACAACACCCGAUCCGAGAAUUAUCAGACCACCAGAGUCUCUCGUAGUCAUUGGAGAUUACGAUGAAGAUGAACCUCCAUCGGAGAAUGCAGUCGUUGACUCACCUCAACCCCUCGCCCCAUCGCAACCAUCAUUCUUCUCUCAAACUCCUCCACCAACACCUCCUGCUCCGUCCGUAAUCAGUAACAGUGGAGAUGUAUUCGCCAGAUCUCGGAAAGAAAUCAGUGCGACUCCAGAUUUCGAACAACAAUCUGGAACAGCUGCCACGUUGAGUGGCUCAUCUCAUGAAUGGAAAGUGUCUAUAAUUCCACGUGGACAGAACAACAAACCGACAGGUGUCAAUUCAAUCCCUCCGUUCACUAUUGAUGGGAAGGCGGAUGAGAGAUUUAACAAGUUUUAUAGAACCAUCGACAGUGUAAUCAAUAAAUUGGAUUUGACAAAUAGUGGAGAUCAGAAUGGAAGAGAAAAGGAGCCACAGAUUAGAUUGGAGGGAAACACGAAAGACCUCUCGGUCGAAUCGUCUGCAGUCGUCAUCGUUCCCCGUACAACGGUCGCUCCAGAUGUCACAAAUAAAGUCAGUGUGAUACCAUUCCGUCCCUUACAUUUCACAGCUCCGCCCAAGAAUGGACCACCAACAGUGUCUCCUCCUCCGGCACCCGGAGGACAGUGUGGCGUUGCACCUGAUUUCACACCGUGUGUUAGCAAUGAAAUCGCCAGUAAAUCUCUGUUAGAGUGCUCCAUGGACCGUGGUCAAUGCGGAAUAUUCAAUGUUGCUCCAUUCUUGGAAUGUGCUUCCCAGGGAAAAGACAAUUCCGAGUGUUGUCGACAUCGUCGAAUCGUUCAGAAGACUGGCCCCCAAUGUGAACAAUUCUGUCGCCCCACUCAAGGAUUAUCAGCUCUCGGAGUUCAACAUAUCGUAUGUGGAAAUGCAGUUGGAGACAUGCUCCAUUGCCAUCAUUCUGGUGUUCGCAUUUAA